UCCACCCAGAGAGCAGCAGUUUCUCACCUUCAUCUCCUUCCCGUGGAGUCUGCUGUAGGUUCACAGGGGAACUGAAGCUGUGUUUGACAAGGCCCAUAGGGUUGAUGAAGGCCUGGCCAGCCAUGGUCUGGAUCCUGUUGCUGAUGUCAGUUUCUGAGUUGAUGAAAACCGCACAGUCACGGGAUUUCACCAUGAAAGACAUCAUCCACCUGCACCCUUCAACCACACCUCACCCCGGUGGUUUCAAGUGUUUUACAUGUCAAGAUGCUGCAGAUAACUACGAGUGCAACCGCUGGGCCCCAGAUGUUUAUUGUCCGAAGGAUACCAGAUAUUGCUACACACUUCACAUGAUGAAUAACCAUGGAGACAGUGUUUCUGUGACCAAGCGUUGCGCUUCCUUAGAGAACUGCCGCUUCGCCGGCUGUGUCAACAUCACCCAUAACGACUUCCAGGUGUGCACGUCCUGCUGUGAGGGAAACAUCUGCAACGUGCUGGUGCCGAGAAACGACAGCAGCGCGGUGUUCUCCUCCACCGCUCCUCUGGUCAGCUCAGGGAGGAGGCUGCAUCCUGCUGCACAGCGUUACUUCAUCCUCAUCAUUGUCAGCAGCUGCUGGAUGCAUUUAAGGAGUCAAAUGAUUUAA